AUGAAUCCCAUUGGGAGGGACCGUACUAGACGUCACAAGCUGGUGACUCCUUCAGCUGUGAAGGCAAUCAUCUCAAAGAUUGAAGAAGCUCAGCUGAAGCGAGCCCAAGAGGACAUUUCUAUCCAGCUCUCUGACAUCUUGGGCAAUGUCAAUGGUGUCAUCAAUCGCUUCCAAGAAGAUUUGGGAUCAGAUUUGAAAGAAAGGAAAAACAGUCAAGGGGAACAAGAGAAGGGCAAGAAGAGGUUUGUCUUGCUGGAGAAAAUAGCCUCUUUCUCAAAGGCUGCUGAGACAAAGGAGAGGAGCCUCUAUGAAAUCCUCAACUGGAUGAGUGACUGGGGUGACAGUUUGUCUUAUGAGACCAAACCUAAGGAGAGUAAAAAGGAAGGUGACAAACAAGAUGAAUGGGUGGAAGUCAUGGAGAGGGCGCUGCCACUUUCUCUCAUUGCCACGGAGGGUGGCAUUGAGUCUUUGAUUUCCCUUUGUUCUAAUCUGAUCGAAGAGCAGAAGAAAAGAACACUAAAGCCCAAGGGCAAUUUCUGGAAAGCCUGGAGGGAGAAGCUUCUCCAUAAAUCUUCCUCUCUACUUCAGCCUCUGAGCCCAGAGCAGAUGCUUGAAGAUGAAAGUACCACAAAUGCAAAGGUAGGUGAGGUCCAGGCCAUGCUUCAGGAGCUCUUGGACUCCGCCAUAUUCAACAAAGGAGAAAUCAAGGCCAUCAAGUACAUUUCUACCAUGGUAGAAAACCUUAAUCAGGCCUUGAGCCUUCAGUUUCAAGAAAACCACAAGCUGGAAACCCAGUACAAAGUCCUAGAAGUAGAGAUGUCAAAAGAGAUGAAUAAGCAAAAACUCCUCUUCCAGAAUGAGCUCCAAGUCCUUGAGGAUGUGAAGAACACUCUAGAGAUGCAGGUCCAAGCAUCGGAGCAGAAGUACCAACAGCUUCUCCUGGAAGAAGCGACCGUGAAGUACCAUUUGCAGAUGGGUGGAGGUGACAGGGAUAGAACAGACUUCACCGACUUUGUUUCUAGGCCCCUAAAAUCUCAGGUCUCUAAGAAGACGAGCCUCCCCACAAUUGAAGAAGCAUUAGAGACAGAGAUGGAGCAGAAACCUGAGGAAAUGAGUGAGCAAUCAUUCCUGAAAGAGGGGGAGGAAGAAGAGCAAGAGCAGGAAGUGGCGCAGCUCUUUCCAAACACCCUGACGAAAGAUAGGGAUGUCAACAUGAGGAGUGACCGCAUACCCUUCUUGAAGCAGCUACUUCCAAAAAUAAGCUUGUACCUCGAGGACUCAGAGGACGUGGGCAUCCAUGCUGAAAAUGCCAUAGACUCCAAAUACAAAGCCACUGCCUUGAAACCCGCAGGCUGCAAAGGCACAGAUUCCAUAGUUUCUGAAGAAAGAAAAGUGGUAGCUAAAAGUGCAGUCUGGAUUGAUGAAGAGGAUUCCGAGUUACCCAGAAAGACCCCGGGAGCCUUGCCAGCCAAGAUGCCUCCUGAAGAGAAGACAGACCUCCUGCAAGGCGAGCAAGCAGACGAAGAGAAGCGCUGGCAGCAAAGAAGGAAGCAGUGGCAGGCAGAGGAGAAGCGGUGGCAGAAGCAACGGAAGAUGUGGGAACAGCUGGAAAGGCAACACAAGGAGAAACAACGGCAGUGGAAACUGGAGGAAGAGGAGCAGCUAAAGCAGAAGCAGCAAGAGUCUUUUAACCCCAACUUGCUGAUGAAGCAAAGAAAGGAGCUAGAUGAACUGGAGCAGAGCAAGGAGCCUUUUAUGUCCUUGUCACCAUCUGCAAGGCAGGGGCCAGAGGAAGUAGCAAACCUCAUGAACAGGGUGUACCAGAGCCAGCCAGCAGUGGGGAGGCCCCAAGCCCCUGGGAUCUAUGAGCCCCAGCUGCCCUCUGUUAGUACCUCCGGAUGCCAGGGGCCCUAUCAAGGAUCCACGAAACUGGAGCCCUUUCCCUGCAUUGUGAUGCCGGUCAGAUCCUUUCCCUGUCCCUUCCCUAGUAAAGCUGGCACUCCUGGAAGACUGACCUCUCCACUGAAGGAGAAGAGGUACAGGGUGGAUGUGCAGGGCCAGAGGAGGAACUUGUUCCUCUUGAAUGAGGCUGCUGAGACCUUGGGCCUUCCUGCUCACCUGCACAGCCUGGCCCGGAAGCUGAUCAUCGAAACGCUUCACAUAGACAUCACCAGGUUUGGGUACCUGAGCCAGAAAUAUAGCACCUAUAGGACGUUCCAGUGCAUAAGGCAGGAUGUCAUCAACCACAUAGAAGCCAGCCAAAAAACUGGGAAUGUCGAUGAUGCCCAGAACUUUUAUAUCUUCCUCGAAAAAAUAGAGAAGUGUCAGAGCCGCAGGCUGCAGACCUGGACAGAAAAGCAGAAAGUUCUGGAACAGGACCGAGGAGAUUGUCUGGAGCAAAUGAUGUCCUUAUUCUCCCAGCUCCGAGGGGAAUGGGAUCUGAACCUCAGCACUCCAAUUCUCAUAGCCAGCCCAGAGAAGCAGAAAAAAACCGCAGCAGUAGCAGUACCAAAGAAAUGCAUCCAUUUCAUCAGGUCUGGCAGAACACAACUCAAACAGUCCCUGAUGGUGAAGCAUCGAGAGUGUCCUGAAGUUCUGAAGAUUGCUCGACAAAGAGGAAGUGAGAUAGAGGCUAUCUGGAAGACUGAUGUGUCUACCUCCAGUUAUCCAGUCCAAAAGAAGACCCCUGCAAGUGUCAUCUGGUCCCAGAUUGGUGGGUGCCCAGAUUUUCCUCGGAUGAUGGACUUAGAUGUCUAUCCCUCCCACCACAAAUGCCUGAAAUCCCUAAGAACAAGAUCACCAAGCAGUUUCAAAAGAAAAUCCACCUUGGACAGAGACAAUGAACUCAUUCAUGAGGAGUCAACUGAAUCGAUGGCUGAAAUCUGAGCUAAGAAAGGAAUGUGGAUAGAGAUAUUGGAUAAUGUCUGAGAGAUGCCUCUUCCUUCUCCAAUCUCCACCCCACCCACUCUGAUCCCCUAACCUCCUCAAACUUCAUCUUGUACAUG